UGUUUCUUCAGUGCUUCUUCUCUCGGUAGUUGUCGCCGUCGUUGACGCAACCAGCAUCGGUCACCUCACCCGCGUCGCUACUUCACGGUUCGUCUACUUCGUAUCUGUCGCAGGCGCGCAGCCCAAAUCGCCUCUCUUCCCGCCUCUCCGUUCUCCACCGCGAGUGAUGUCGCUGCUUGCUUCUUCGACGAUUCAACCUUGUGAUAUAUGUGGUGAUGUUGGUUUUUGGGAAGUAAUUCUCAAUUGCACGAAAUGUGUAGCUCGUGAACACUGUUAUUGCAUGAAAACUAUACUCAGCAGCAUUCCUGAACAGUGGACCUGUGAUUCUUGCCAACCCAAAAGGGAGACACCUUCACGGUGUAAAGGGCAUCGCAAUCUGGAAUGGCAAGCUCGUAAAAGGCAAAGACCAACAGGGAAGGUGAAGUUCCUUCCAACAGAUGAAGCCAUGAAGCUUUCUUCUGGAAGUCCUCCCUCUAAACUUAUUCCAGCAAAAUCUAAUUUGUUGGUGACUCGGAAGACUUCUGUUAAAUCAAAAAAUUUAAUUUCAAGGAGUCCAUCCCUGCCACCAAAUUCAAAUCAUAGCAAUUCUCCUAUUGCACUUGAGAAGCCUCCAAGAAAUGAUGGAGUAUCCAAGAAGCCAGUGACUUAUCAACACGCUUCUCACUUAAUAUCAAAAGGUGGUACCCUUUCUGCUGUAACUGAACAUCACAAUAUUGAAAAGAAUGAUGACCAGAGCAUUCAGCAAAAUAUGAAUCUUUUCAAAUUUUUACCCUCUUCAAUUGCUGCCUGGAGGGGUAGUUUUGUUGCAUCUGGCAAUCACUAUGAUGGGUUUGAGGCACAUCCUCCAUCUACCGUUAAUAGGAAGGCAUAUAAAUUUUCAAAGAGAAUGCCUCAAACCCUUCAAUUGGAGUCACUGCCUAGGUUGGAUGUCUUGACUGAUGUUUUCCAGAACAAUUGCCCUGAUCUUCAAGAUAUUGCAUUGUACUUCUUUCCAUCAAAUGAAAAUGAGAGGUUCAGAAAGGACUUCAUUAGCAUGAUUGAGUUUAUGAAUGCUAAAGAAUCAAUGUUGAGAAGUUCUAUUCAAGGAGUGGAGUUGUUGGUGUUCACCUCAAAUCUCCUUAAUACGCACUCAAGGGGUACCAUUGCAACAGCAGCAGUACAUGUAGGAUGCUUCCUGUGGGGAGUCUUUCGCCGGAGUAAAAUUGGUAAAGCUACUGAAACACUAUCUAACAUGGACCCUCUUGAUAUGGAUGUGGACAUGAUUGGAGGAAAGGACAUAGCUGAGAAAAUUGAUCGUGUAGUAAAAGUUGAUAGACCUCUGGUUAGAAUUUCUCUUAGCUCUUCCAGGAAGGAAGAAAUGAAGGCCAUUGCAUCAAGCAACAUAUUUCUUCAGGGUAGACCACCUUCAUGUACAAAGCCUAGGAUGAAAACCAAAAAGCUCUCGUCAAUUCCAUUGCCACAGAAUUCCAUCAAGAAAGAACCUUAUCCUCUGAAUGACCCGGUUGAACCACCGCCAGGCUUUGAAGCUGGAAAAGUUACAUGUAAAUCUGAGGCUGGGGGAGGAAGAUCAAAAUUUAACGGUACAUGAUAUGUGGGUUUCAGGGCAGGGUAAUGUGAAACCCUCCAGAUCUAACAAACUUUGAGGACUUGUGAAUACUGAAUAGAAUAGGUAUAACCAGGUAUUAGUAACUUGACAUUCUAGAGAAGGUAUUUUACAUUGUUUGUAUAGCUUAUCAACUAUGGUGAAUUGGGAACUUCGGCAAGUUGCAGAUGUUGUAGCUUGCUAGAAUGGUAGUAUAGUUUCUAAACUGGAAAAUCAAAUUGAAGACUCUGGUGGGCUUCGUUGCUCCUGGCUUAUGAGUCAAGAUAUUAAUAGAAUGUGCACAUGCUUGUUUUCUCUCCUUCCAGCGGUGAGAUAUU